GCUAGGACUGCACUCUGACCUAGCUAAUAAAACUAGCUAGAGAUCGAGAAGAAGUACGUGUUUGCAGCCAUCACGCACCAUGUCUGCUGGAGGCGAGGAGAAUGAGAGGCCAUUGAGAGAGCUACUCUUAAAAAUUAACCACCCCCUGUCUGAUGUUAGGUCGCGCAGCCUACGAAGUGUCUCCUUCAAACUAAGCCAUAGUCUGGUGUCAGUGGAGGAGCUGGUCUCAGAGAGAGAGUUUCUAGUCGGCCUACUGGAGUGGUUCAACCAUGAGGGCUGGACGUGUGAGACUCAAGUAUUGGCAUUGCUCCUGCAGCUUACUCAGAAUGCUACAGCGGCCCUCACGAUAGUUGAAGUGGGUGGAGUCAAUUUUCUCUCUCAGCUCCGCCCACAUUGCAACCCUGCACUCCACCCACUCAUUGACGACAUCUUGGAACAGCUGCUCAGACUCCCCACACUGCACACAAGCUGUAAUACAAGCACUACGAGUUUCGAACACCCUGAAGCGGCUUAUUCAUCUAAAUCUCCCUCAAUUGCAACCACCACCGGAGAAUUCGCGGAUAAUGAAAGUUCGGGGCCCACAAACGGGAAAUGUAUUCGUACUGAUUCUGAUAUUUCAGCAGCCUCCUCUCUAAAUACAGUACGCACAUCAGAUGUUGGCAGCUAUAUGGAGAUUUCCAGGGAGUCUUUCGGUCUCAAAACAGCCUCUCAACAACCGACCCUACCAGCUCAGUAUAAUAGCUCACACAGUCUUAGUGGAGGGUCUACGCAGUUAUCCUCAAUGGUGGUGGACUCGUCUCAGGAGGUUGGUGAAACCGGCCGACUUGGUGGGAUGAGAUAUACAGAGAGUAGGGUUAUACCACAUGGAAGGGACGAGGAGUCUGGUGACCAUGGUGAUGGUGGUGUGAGGGGUUUCCCCUGGGUACAGUUGACUGAUAACGACAGGGGCAUCCUCUUGACCACACACAGCCGUCUACAGAGCAGCACUGAGGAUGCUCUGGUUAGAUCGUGUGAGUUUCUACAAGAUGUGUUGUUUCAAGACUUCCCAGCGGAGAUCCUCCUACAGAGACCAGCCAUCAUUAAGAGUUUGGUUCGGCUACUAGAGGGGAGUGGUAGCACUAGCCACACCCUCUCAUCCCUCCUCUCCUGUCUGGCCUCAUUCACACACACACUGCAUCAGAGAAUGAUGACAGCUAUGUGCCCUAGUGGAGGACUGAGGGGUAGGGGGGGUCUGUCACUGGAUACACCAGAACCAACCACCACCCACUCUACCAACCCAAACCCUCCAGAAACCCUCGAAACACUCACUCCAGAAAUGCUCUCUCAAUUGCAAUCUGAGCAACUCUCAACCUCUCAAUUCAGCCUCCUAUUGAUAAGUGCCAUCGCGACUCUCCUGCCUUGCCUACUGGCCAAUGACACCACAGUAGCAGAGGGAGGCAGCACGGAGGCCAUUGCAGAGGGAGGCAGUAUGGAGGCCAUUGCACUAUGUGUGGAGCUACUGUGUACAGUGAGGAGUGCGUGUGAGGUGAUGACCAGGUGUGGAAGCAAACAGGGUACUGUAUUCAGUGAGGGGUCAGCAAUUCCCAACCCCCAGAUCGAGGGGGCAGUGGAUAGCCUCUGCUCUGCCCUCUCCCAGUGCCUAUCAAGAUGGAGAAGACUUGCACCUCAGGAGUGUGAUGGGAGGGUGUGUCCUCAGCUACAGGUGGUGUGCUCUGUGACAAUACACUUGUCAUUAGCUCUCUGUCAUGUGAUGGAAAUGUCCUCAACUAGCUCAGGUGUGUUGCCUCUGCCCAGUGCCCUGAGUGGGCUGGUCAUGAAUGGAGUACUGGGGCUAGUCUGCCCUUCUCUGAUCACCAGACUCUUGCCAACCUUGGAGAGAGUGGAUGUACCUACUAGUAGGCUGUACCAUCAAGUGGUUGCCAUGACGCAGUCCUUCCAUGCAAUGAGUCAGUUCCUGUCCCCCCAACGUGAUGUCAUCACCUCCCUCACCAUGGCAACGAGUGGACUGGAGGGACUGUGGUUCACAGCUAAUCAGCAGUUCAUUGCCAAAGCCAUCGACCAAUCCCUGCUGGUGGGGGAUUCCCCGGCCGUUCCUUGGGGCACUGGAUUGCAGCUGUUGCUGAGACUGGUUGGUCACGGCUCUGACAGAGUGAGGGAACACGCCUACAAACACUUGAGAGAGCAGUACGAUAUUUGGUUAGUGUCUGUUGCCGAGUCAGCUGAUUCUGAUGUCCAGGACCACCCCCUGUUGAACUCUGACCUCUUGUCCGAGCUCUGUUGCUAUGGCGUUGUGGCUGAUAACAAGGCUAUAGCAGACUCAGCGUGCAAGAUUUGCGCCAGUCUGCUAUCAUGUGAUAACGAGGAGGUGUGGUCUCGUGUGUGGGGCAUGGUCAAUCAGUGGAUGCCUUUCCUCGAGUGUGCUAUGAGUGAGAGUGGUGUGCUGUGUGGGGGCGUGCAACAGCUGCUGGAGGGAGGAGGGGGUGCUCUGACUAGUGUAGUGAGACUGAGGAGCCUCACACGACUGCUCUAUUCCAACAGCACAGAUUUGAGAGUGUGGUCGUUUCGGCAACUGAGCACUAUCCUUCUGGAGGGGAAUUCCCCACCACCCUGGUUACCAACGGCAACAACCCCACUCCAUAACGUACUGACGCUGGGGAAGCACCACUGUGGAUGGACCAACACCAGCACACCAAGCUCAUUCAAGCACGAGGAUGUGCUCAAGUUGGUCCGUAUUCUGAGAUCAGCCAGCAUGGACGAUUCACUUAAGAAAUCAGCCCUGGAACAACUCUCCCUUAUUCUAAGAGACCAGCAGCUUCAUGCUCAAGUACUGCAGGAUGACAUCAUCACAGAGGACCUUCUCUCGGCACUCGUCUUGCACUCUGCACCCAUCCAGGAGAUGCACUCUGAACCCAGCCAGGAGAGUGCCAGAGAUCUGAUCGUGAAGCCUUGUAUCAAAUGCCUGCUAUUAUUAGCCCUCUCCAGUCCUCCAUUGAGAGACAGAGUGGCCCAGGAUGCUACCACACUCUCUGCCAUCUUGAGAGCUGCCCUUGCCUUCAACGAGGACGUGGAUUUCCUGUCCUGUGUGUCCAUGCUCCUCGCCAUGUGUCUGUUCAGAUGUGUUGUCAUGGUAACAGAGGACUCCCAACUGCAAAUACCUCACAUUUUCGCUAAAAAGUUGAAGUUUCCAUUUUCUAUCGUGGAGUAUGAACGAGAGCUUUGUCACGUGACCCCCUCCCCCUUGGACCCUGCGUUGUUCAGUACAGAUCCCCUACUGGGCAUGCUCAGACUUGCCUACCACUCUAUUAGGACUGGCCCUCCAGACCAACUUAUCUCAGCUCACCAAAACCGCUCUCUAGAUGAUGAUGGUGAUCAUAAAAUGGCAGUACCCUCGAGCGACAUUGCUGCUUUAAGUGCUCUGAGUGUGACUGUGUGUUUGCAAGAAUAUGUUGAAUUGUUGAGAACGGCAUCGAGUCACGGUCAAGUGGUUAGUGUGUUGUAUCGUAUUGAGGUGGUGCUGAGGAAUUGGACCAUGUGUGGUGGGCGGGUGGACAUGGACCGAUUGCAGUGCGACUGGAGAAAGGCUUUUGUGAGGUUCCUGUCUGUGAGCCCUAGCUCCACAGAGGACCUCUCUCUACUAUCCACUGUACUAGGGGUGCUCCAAACAAUGGCGCUUGUCUCGCGUCCUAGACCCCUCCAGUCUGCCCUCUGUGAUCAUUUACUGCAGAGAGAUGAUCUGGAUUGGUUGAUCAAGGUCACAUGUUGUGAGGGGGCGGUGUGUCUAAAGCUACUGACGGACUAUCUGCAACACAAGAAACAAUCUGACCCUCAAAGGUUAGUUCUCAAGAGGUUCCUGCGACUACUAGUGGCAUUGAUAGGCCACACCCACACCACUCCCCCUAUCACGCCCCCCUCCUGGCUCUAUCUAGUUGAGACCGUCUGCCAGUGUGUACAAUUGGCCGGCUCACCAGACUAUUAUGACCUACCUCUGUUAGAGGCCUCCCUUGAAUGUCUCCUCCACCUCUCAUCAUGCAGUGUGUCGGACAAGUUGCUGAAACUGGACAGAUUUAGAAAGCUGCUAUUUGAAGUGAUGACUGCCCUAAGACAAGUAUUGUGGUCGCUCAUUUCUGGGCGUGGUUACCUGGCGCUAUCGUUCCUGGGGAGAGGGGUGACGUCCAGGGCCUCCCUCGCACUGGCACAUGUCAUGCAAACAGCCUCCCUAUUGGACUAUCCAAAGGGUUGGUGGGUACAAUGGCUGGAGAGCUGCAGUCCUGACAUCGGGUUGGUAUGGUUACGCCACCUGGUGGAAGAUCGAGACCCUCAAGUACGCUACUCAGGUCUAAGGUUGCUCUCUCUCUUAUGCUCCAAAUUGGAGGUGACAGAGUCUUUGCUGGGGGUCUGGAGGGACUUCCCCUGCGGACUGUGGGGGGUCUGUCUGGAGAUUGCUCUGGAUGUCAAUAGCAACGAUCUAGUCAAACAACAGGCACUGUUCGUACUGGUCAGUUUGAGUAAUAUCUGCAACUGUCACAAGAAGUGGUCCAACUACCUCGUCUGUACAACCAAUCAUGUGAGCACCGCAUGCAGUCAUGUGAGCACUGUAUGCAGUCAUGUGAGCACCGUAUGCAAUCAUGUGAGCACCGCAUGCAGUAAUGUGAGCACCGUAUGCAGUCAUGUGAGCACCGCAUGCAGUCAUGGUCGGUUAUCUGGAGAAAAGGCUCUCGGACAUUUACUCCACACGUACGACAUCUGUCAUUAUGUAAAUGCCAUCGUCCAAUCAGAUCGCUUCUCUCAAGUGUCUCGAGAAAUCGACUCCAUAUCAAAACUCACUGAAAACAUUUUCUUUGACCAGCGGGUAAUUUCUAAUGAUAGCAAGACGAAAAAUGGUGGCUCAGAUGAAAAGUCAAUUAAGAGAAUGUAUUUAAGACAUAGUUUUAACUCUGAUGGAGCUGCCGAUGUGAGUGGAGCUAGUACUGAAGGAGUUAACAGAGUAUUGGUUUUGCUGACACGGCUGGUCGAGAUCUGUGACCCUCUGUUUGUGUGUGGUGUGUGUGAUGUGCUUCAUAACAUGGCGUCUAGCUUCCCUCAAGAGAUUGGAGCCUACCUGCAAGAAACUGGAACACUGGAGAUGCUUGUGAGGUUCACUGAUGUCACCAUCUUAAAGCUCUUCAUUUCGGCAGCAAUUAGAGGCAUUAUCAGACCCCAUCUUCUUACUGGAUGGGUGCGGAUGGUGGCUGGGAUAGUGGGUGUGGUCAGAGGGCUCCUCCCCCUCCAGCCGUCCCUUGUUAACCCCCUCAUCCUCCGUACUGGACUAGUGUGUAAUCUCUGGGAGGCACUCUCUGCUGUCAGCUCACACUGUCUGGAAGACACUACCUGUUUGUCUCUCUGCUCUCAAGUGUUGGAACUCAUGCUAGCGGCAGUGCAAUGCAAUCAAGACUGCUCCCUCACAACUAUCACCGUGGUGUUCAGAGACUUACACAAACACUGGAAGAGCUUUGUCAACGUCCUCCUCUAUUCUCUGAAGAGGCCGGAGCUGUGUGUGUUGACCACCCACGCACUCAAGGCCCUCUCUCUCGUACUCGUACACUCAGCAGAAGUGGGUGUGGCCUCUGAGGGCGUGUGCGCAAAAAGCAUUAUUAAUGUGAAAGAAACUUUGGACCAAGAUUAUAUAACAGCUGACAGUGAGAAUCCGAUUGGUUGGGUCUUAUGUUUGGCCAUCAUGGAUGCACGAGACAUUGCCGCCCACCACCCACCUCCACACACUGCCCUCACAUCUCACACCACCCUCACUGAGGCACUGAGACUACUGUUGGCGUGUAGCUCCUCAGCCAAACAAUCAGCCCUGGCUAAUGGACUGUUGGAGUCUACCAUGGAUCAGUUGAAAUCUCUCGGUUCAAAGGUCAAAUCACAGACGGCACAGGACCACCCCCCACAAGCUGUCAAGAGGUCUCUCAAGGAGAGUCCAGCGAUGCUCGAGUAUAUCAGCACGGUACAUGUCAUCAGGAACUUCAUGUAUAAGUCUUUGGAAGUGAAGACGGCAGUGGGCGAUUGUCAGCUGUUGUCCAUCCUCCACAAGCAGUGGACCUGGUACUCCCUCAACAAGAAAACACUUACUGCCGUUCUUAAACUACUCUCCGUCUUCACAGCUGGGAACUCAAGGGGUCAGGCCCUCCUGUGUCAGCCGCUGAGGUGCCUCCAGCUCAUCCCUUCCCUCCUCCACUCGUCACUCAAGCUGUGCUCCACCCUCCUGGUUGCUAACCACAAGCCCACCCCCCACGACAUGCUAGUGAUCGGGGGGCUCUUCCCGCUUAUUACCAACUGUGCUUUAUCAAACGAAGGAAGAGCUACGUUGAGAAAAAUGAACUUCCUGUCUAACAUGAGCUCCCUCAGCCCCAAGUCCGAUAAAGGUCAAAGGUCGUCCAAACUGGCCACCCUCUGGGUCUCAUUUCUGGUUAACCUCUCGUUCUCUAGCGAUGGACAACAAAUGAUCAUGAAACAGUCAGGUGCUCUGGAGGUGGUGACUGAUCUCUACUGGAGCAGCAGUGCUGAGGGAUCACGCACUAAGACACUCCUACUGCUCAGAAACCUCUCCUUCUAUGGCCCCAGCAAAACACUCCUCGCCACUAAUGAGGGCUUUCAGUCCAUACUGAGUCACUGCCUAGGCUCUGAGGAUGCUAGACACAACGCUCUGGCCUCCUCCGCCCUCUGGGCACUGCUGCACAACUGCAACAAGAUUCGUCAUGUUCUCAAGCAUUCUGAGCUGGUGGAGUCACUUGAGAGUCUACACUCCCGGACCAUUGCCCCCCAGAGGCUAGGGGGGGCACAAAACUCAGACAAUCACCUCAAAACUUUAACUAUGGCCUACUCAUUGCUACACUGAACAAUACAAUUUUUAUUUUAUUCUUCUUCACACAUGUACAGUAGACAAGGCCAGCAAUUUAUUAUAAUUAUUAUGAGGACGAC